CGCAGGGUGACGCCUCCCUGUCCGCAGAUUGGUUGAAAGUUUGGCGGACUUUAUCCUUCAUAGAAUCUGCUGACUUCACUUUACUUUUACUCAUAUAUUUACACAGUUUGUGCUUCUAACGCACGUUUGAAAGAGAAAGAUCUUGGCAAUCCAAUUAAGUGGUGAGACAUAACCAUGUCUUUGACUGAUGACAACACUGUGAGCAAAGAAACAUGGAACUCGCACAAUAAGAUGAUGUUGGAGCCUCUGGCCAUCAACGACUCAGAGGUGUUCUCUAUAAUAAAAAAAGAGAAGCACAGACAGAUGUAUGGGUUGGAACUCAUUGCCUCUGAGAACUUUGCAAGCAGAGCUGUUCUGGAAGCUCUGGGUUCCUGUAUGAACAAUAAGUAUUCUGAAGGCUAUCCCGGACAGAGGUACUAUGGUGGUACAGAGCACAUUGAUGAGAUGGAAAUCCUUUGCCAGAAGAGGGCACUGAAGGUGUUUGGGCUGGACUCUGAGAAGUGGGGCGUCAACGUGCAGCCAUACUCUGGCUCACCUGCCAAUUUUGCUGUGUACACGGCCCUCGUGGAGCCGCAUGGAAGGAUUAUGGGACUGGACCUUCCUGAUGGUGGUCACCUGACACAUGGCUUCAUGACUGAGAAGAAAAAAGUCUCAGCCACAUCUCUCUUUUUUGAGUCCAUGCCUUAUAAGGUGAAUCCUGAAACUGGCUACAUUAACUAUAAUCAACUGCAGGAGAAUGCACGGCUGUUCCACCCCAAACUCAUCAUUGCAGGAACAAGCUGUUAUUCCCGCAACAUUGACUACGCCCGUAUGAGGCAGAUUGCUGAUGAGAAUAGUGCGUACUUGUUGGCUGAUAUGGCUCACAUCAGCGGUUUGGUGGCUGCCGGCGUUGUGCCCUCACCCUUUGAGUUCUGUGACAUUGUUUCCACAACAACACACAAGACGCUGCGAGGUUGCCGUGCUGGAGUUAUCUUCUUCAGGAAAGGUGUGCGUAACGUGGAUGCCAAAGGGAAGGAGAUUAUGUACAACUUGGAGUCUCUGAUCAAUCAAGCUGUGUUUCCUGGUCUGCAGGGAGGACCACAUAACCACGCUAUUGCAGGUGUUGCAGUAGCUUUGAAGCAAGCCAUGACUCCAGAGUUCAAGGCCUACCAGAUGCAAGUUCUUGCAAACUGCAAGACUUUGUCCAAUGCCCUUAUUGAUCGUGGCUUUAAGGUUGUUACUGGCGGCUCUGACAACCACAUGAUCCUGGUUGAUCUCCGUAGUAAAGGAACCGAUGGAGGACGCGCUGAAAAAGUUUUGGAAGCUUGUGGGAUUGCUUGUAAUAAGAAUGCCUGUCCAGGUGAUAAGAGUGUGCUGCGUCCCAGUGGGCUGAGGUUGGGCUCUCCUGCUCUGACCUCCAGAGGUCUGCUGGAGGAUGAUUUCAGGAAGGUGGCAGAGUUUAUUCACAGAGGUGUUGAUCUUACAGUUGAGGUGCAGAGCAGUCAGGCUCCUAAAGCCACUCUGAAGGAGUUUGUUCAGGCGCUGGCUGAGGGAGAGAAGUUCCAGCAGCGGGUCGCUGAGCUCAGGGCUGAGGUGGAGGCUUUUGCUGGACAGUUCCCCAUGCCUGGUCUACCUGAGCUGUAGGCAAAAGUUGCUUUGACAUUGAUGACUACUGUAAUGAUGUAGAACCUUUUUACCAGUUUUGGCCAUGUGUGGGUUUUAUGUGCAGAUUGUCUCACUGCUAAAAGUUCAGAACAGAUUUAUGAAGUGGCAUUUGUGUUGGAUCUUAUCAGAAUUAUUGACGUUAUAGAUAAUCACUAUUUAAUGUCUUUGCAGUUUUACAUGAUUUUUCAACUGUAAUGUAAGGCUAUGUUCUUGUAAUCAUAUGUCAACUUGAAUUUUGACAAAUGUCUGUAUGUGGUCUCAAGAUGACCAUUCAGAACACAAUGACCAAAAAUCCUGUUUUUUUUUUUUUUACAGCUUCUUUUCCACCUCAUAUAUACAGCAUCUGAUAAUGACAAAUGCCAAUGAAUAGACUGUGGAUGAUUUAGACUUGAAAUAAAAUUUACUGUUGACAGUCUGUUGAGAUUCCAUGUAGAGGCACACUAGUGUGUGUGCCUUAAAUGAAAUAGUUUAACAUUUUAAGAUUAGACUUUGUUAAAAAUGUCAUUGAAUCUGUGUGUGUGGAUUACAACCAUGUGACUUGAUCUA